CAUCCCGAGAGGAAAACAAUGUCUGAUUUAGAUGAUUUCACCAAACCCGUAGGCCAGUCAAAUGUAUCUGACAGCUACCAGCUGAACCCGGCCAGUGUGAUUGUGUCAGUGGUCUUCUCCCUGAUCUUCUUGUUGGGCACCAUCGGCAACAGUCUGGUGCUUGCUGUGCUUCUUCGAAGCGGACAGUUGGGAUACAACACAACCAACUUGUUCAUACUCAACCUCAGUGUAGCCGACUUCUUCUUCAUCAUCUUCUGUGUCCCGUUCCAAGCUACCAUCUACUCUCUGGAGGGCUGGGUGUUCGGCUCCUUCAUGUGCAAAGCGGUCCACUUCUUCAUCAACCUCACCAUGUAUGCCAGCAGCUUCACGUUGGCUACAGUCUCUGUUGACAGGUACCUAGCUAUUCGCUAUCCUCUACGUUCCAGAGAGUUGAGAACACCUUGUAAUGCUGUGGUUGCUAUGGUGAUCAUCUGGGGUCUCUCACUGGUGUUUGCGGGUCCGUAUCUCAGUUACUACGACUUGACCGAUUUUGCUAACAGCACCGUGUGCAUACCCGGCUGGGAGGAACAGAACCGCAAAGUCUUGGACACGUGCACCUUUUUGUUUGGCUACGUCAUUCCAGUGUUAAUCGUGAGCCUGUCCUACACUCGAACCAUCAAAUACCUGUGGACGGCUGUCGACCCCCUGGACGGCAUGUCCGAAUCCAAGAGGGCCAAACGCAAAGUGACAAAGAUGAUCAUCAUUGUCACGGUGCUUUUCUGCAUUUGCUGGCUGCCCUACCAUGUUGUGAUCUUGUGCUACCUGUAUGGUGACUUCCCUUUCAACGAAACCACCUACGUCUUCAGGCUGCUGUCCCACUGCAUGGCCUACGCCAACUCCUGCGUCAAUCCCAUCGUGUAUGCACUGGUGUCCAAGCACUUCCGCAAAGGCUUCAAGAAGGUGUUCAGCUGCAUCCUGAGUAAAAAAGGCAGGAAUAAGGUGCAUGUGGUUCACGUAGCCAACACGGUGCCCGGCUUUGAGGCGGGCUCCACGGAGGUUUCCCAAAUGAAUGAGGAGAACGUGGAACAGAAUGAAUGCGAGAUGAUUAACAGGCCGGCUGCAGAGCCGAGAGAAGCCACAGUGACGCUCAACCUGCCAUUUCAGCAGCAGACCUGACAAAUGGUCCAGGUUUGUUGAAGAAUGUAG